AUGGCAAAUAAGCCAAGGACAUCGCAUGCACGAAGAACCAAAGAAACAACAAGGAGACCUAAAGGGCCUAAUUCUGAUCAGACGUCUCAAUCAUCUGUUCCUCCCUCUAGGGAAGAAUUAACUAAAAAAGGCUCUAUGUAUGCUCACAACGCCAUUGCUAAAAUUGUUACCCGUAUCCUGAAUGAGAAUCAUGUUGUACCUGGGAUCUCUGUUCCUUUAAAUUCUGUGCUUCCUGAGUCACAUGACAAUACACAUGUUAGUGAUAAUGCGGGUGACUCUGUCCAAGCAAAUGAUGAUAGGAAUACAAAUGUUCAUGAAGAAGAUGUUGAUGAUGCUGUCAAUAUAAAUGAUGUUGUUAAUAUGGAUGUGCAUGUGGAUGACAAUAAUAAGAAUGAUGAUGUGGAAGAGACUGUUGGUAAGGACGAUGUUAUUGCUGAUAAUGAUCACACUAAGGGCCGCACUAAAGGUGGUCAAACUGAUGAGAAAGAACCUGAAAAGAUCCAUGUUGAUAAAGUAAUCAACCUUGAUGAUCUCUCUGAUAAUGACUUGGUUGCUUCUAUCAAUCCAAGCAUAGCCAAAAGGCUUAUGAGGAGGAAAGGGAAGCAAGUUAUGGAUGAGGACUCUCUGAAGAAAAAGAUUGUGGUUAAGACCACUUCUAUUGGACCCAAAAAAUCAUGGAGCAAAGUGGUGUCUAAGGGUGUUACAGUGCCUAAGAAGAGAAAGGCUAGAAUCAUUGCUGAGAAUGAGUCAGAUUCUAAUGUUGUUGUGGAUGUCAAUGGCAUCCAUCCCAAGAAGAAGGUCUCUACUAGCAAGCUUGCUGCUAGUAAAAAACUGUCCUUAGAAAGGGAGCUUGCUCAUAAUGCUUUUGCGUGUGAAGAGAUUGUGAAUCUCAUUCAUGAAGCUGGACUGAUAAAAAAUGUGACUCAAUUCUCUAAGUGUUAUGAAGUUCUUGUGAAGAAGUUCAUUGGGAACUUACAUGAAGAUUGUGGAAAUAAGAAAGCUAAGGAUUACUUGAAAGUGUUUGUCAGGAAAAAUUGUGUUAACUUCUCCCCUACUGUGAUCAACAAAUUUCUGGAAAGAUCCAAUGAAGCUCAAACGGAGCUGGAAGUGUCUGAUAAUCAAACGUGCAAAGUAAUUACUGCUGGACAAGUAAAGACAUGGCCUGUGAAAGGAAAGCUAAAUGCUAGCAAGCUAAGUGUGAAAGCAAGUCCUUUUCUCUUUCAUCAUAAGCUCUUUCAAGGAACACAUGUUCGUGACGUUGUCACAACAUCAGCUGGAACAUCCAAAGACAACACAACUACAAGUAAAGCUGCUAUGAUUGCAAUGCUUAGGGAAACAUGUAAGGAGCUAGAGUCCAGAAGACUGGCUCUUGAAAAAUUGAUCAGCUCCCUUGAGAUGGAUGAAGGAGCUAAAUAUGUUGAAACUGAUAUGGAUGAACGGGAUGAAGAGAAUGGUGAAUCAGAUAGCGAGAUUGAGAAAGAAGCCAGUCCUGAUGAUGGCACUAAUGAAGAUGUUGAACUCAGCAGCUCUGAGUCUGAAGACUGA